GGAGGGGCGUUGUGCGCCGCAAAUCGGGCGGGAAGAAAUUAAAAGAGAGAGAAAGAACAAGGUUAGGCUGCUCCUGGUAGCGGAUUCUGUUCUCCCGGCCGGGGGAGAUGGAGCGCCCUUGUCGGUGCUUGGCCCAUGUUCGCGCCCCGUUGCCUCGGGCCACGCUCGCGUCUGUCUCCCUCCCUUGGGCUGCGGGCAGCCUCGCGUGGGACCAUUUCUGAGCAGCAGAGGUUUUGAGUACCCCACUGAACAACCAACUCUAAAUCCUGUUAUCAAAUCCUGUGGCGGUGUGCUAAGUGGUAGCAGAUCCAUAUUACUUCUUUUAUUUAACAGAAAUGAGUGUAACUAGCAUUGCUUCAAGAGUUGAAAACUGGCUUUUGGCAACGUGGCAUGUUAAAGUCCCUCUGAUGUGGCUGGAAGCAUGUAUUAGCUGGGUCCAAGAAGAAAAUAAUAAUAUUAAUUUGAGUCAGGCACAAAUAAAUAAACAAGUAUUUGAGCAAUGGCUACUUACAGAUCUGAGAGACUUGGAACAUCCUCUGUUACCUGAUGACAUUUUAGAAGUUCCAAAAGGGGAACUGAAUGGAUUUUAUGCUCUACAGAUUAAUUCCUUGGUUGAUGUAAGUCAACCUGCAUAUUCCCAGAUACAGAAGCUGAGAGGAAAAAAUACAACAAAUGAUAUAGUUACAGCUGAAACACAAGUUACCCCAAAACCUUGGGAAGCAAAGUCUUCACGAAUGUUGAUGCUGCAGCUCACUGAUGGAACUGUGCAAAUUCAGGGAAUGGAAUAUCAGCCUAUUCCAGCUCUUCAUAACGGUCUUACUCCAGGUACAAAAAUUUUGAUUUAUGGAAAUAUUUUGUUCCGUCUUGGUGUUCUCUUAUUGAAACCAGAAAAUGUGAAAGUGUUGGGAGGUGAGGUGGAUGGUCUUUUAGAAGAAUAUGCUCAAGAAAAAGUACUUGCAAGACUAAUUGGAGAACUUGAUCCUGUAGUUCCAGUCAUGCCAAAUAAUUCUAACCUAAACAUCCCCAGAGUUAUAGAUGUUUUGGACCCUGCUUUGGGACCAUCUGACGAAGAACUUUUGGCAAGUCUUAAUGAAAAUGAUGAGCCUACAACAAAUACCACCACCUUCCACACAGGCAAUUCCUCAAAUGCUAGUCCUACAGGACAGUCUGGUUUUGAGUCAGGAUUUGCUAUUUCUCUAAGACGAAAGGAUAAACCACCAAACCAACCUGUGCACUUCACUGAUGGGGAAUUGGAUGACUUUUCAUUAGAAGAGGCCUUGCUUCUAGAAGAAACUGUCCAGAAAGAACAGAUGGAAACAAGAGCAUUGCAGCUAUCAGCUUUGAACAAGAACACAGAAAGAUGUAUAAAGAGAUUUUCACACAUACCUAAUACUCUGAAUGAUUUUUCAUUGAUUUACAAACAAAAUAAUAAUAUGAAUGAAAAAACAUUAUCUGAACAAAUGACUCAUGAAGACCAAUCUUUUGGUUGUCCAUCUGCUAGAGACCAAAACAGUAGUUUUUUUUUAAGUCAUCAUAAUGUGCCUUUGACCUAUGAUUUUAUGAAAAAAGCUAAGAAUUCAGAGACAGAUAUUAAAAUGAAACCAACCACCAAUAGUUCAGAUGACCAUCCUUUAAGUAAUGAAGUGUUACAUGGAAAGCAAAAGAGUUCACAGUCUACUAAUGAAAGUGACCAUCAUUUACAAGCUGGCUCUUCGAAAUCAUCGGGGAAUAUUAUUGAUCUUUCUAUUAGCAUGGAUUUAUGUUCUCCGCCCUUUACCUAUUUGUCUGUUCUAAUGGCUAGCAAACCAGAGAAAGUUAUGACAGUGAAAAUUAAAGCCUUUAUUGUAACUUUAACUGGAAAUCUCUCAAGUUCUGGUGGCAUUUGGAGUGUAACAGCAAAGGUUUCUGAUGGUACUGCAUAUCUGGAUGUAGACUUUGUAGAUGAAAUACUUACUAGUUUGAUAGGGUUUUCAGUACAAGAAAUGAAACAGUUAAAAAAGGACCCUCUUAAAUACCAAAAGUUUUUAGAAGGGUUGCAGAAAUGUCAGAGAGAUCUAAUAGAUUUGUGUUGCUUAAUGACUAUUUCAUUUACUCCUUCCUCAUGUAAAGCAAUGGUACUUGCAUUACAGGAUGUUAAUAUGGAACACCUUGAGAACUUAAAGAAACGUUUGAAUCAGUAAUUUACCAAAGUAGUAUUAGAGAACAAUUUAGCUUUUUAUUGCUGCAUCCUCUCUCCAACCCCUAGAGCACAAUUCAAAGCAAGGAAAUAUUUAGAAUUAAAUUUGCUCACAACUUUAUUUUUGAAAUUCUUUGUAAGAAAAUUAAAAAUGAAGCUUCAUAGCUUAAUUAAAUAAUGUUUAAUCAUAUGAACUGCAGCCAGGCCACAAAGGGACUGUGGGUGGUGUCAAGACUAAGGAAGGCUGCCUCAGCCUGCCUGGCACCCAAUACCCCAAUGCCCAUGAGCCUGUUGGCCACCUGGGAGAUCGAUGCCUCCAACCCCCGCUGUGUGCACAAGUUGUGCAGUGUGACCCUGAAGAAGUUGAGUUCUGGGAGCUGCAGGAGCUCAUGUCGAUACUGAUCACAAUAAAGAUGCAGCUCCCAUCUCCGCAGUUUUGCCCCAGGCCCUGUCAAUACUGAGCCCUUAGCCCUCCAAUGCCAAGGACACAGAAUGUACUCGGUGCCACUGCUCUCCAGCCCUCUAUGCAUGCUGGCCAUUGAUUAGCCUGUUUCCACACUUCCCUCCCCAGUACUCCCCUAGACCCAGUCUGCUGCUCCUGGGCAUCCACCCACUGCCAGCUGGCUCUGUGCCUGCAUCUGAUGGGCUGAGCAGGCUCCUGCUAGGCCGGCCUGCAAACUGCAUUUACACAUAUCCUUGCUUCUCUUCACAUCUAUGGCUGCAGAAACCUGGCACUGAGGGCAUCCUGCAAUUGUGCUGAGGAUUCAGUGCAUCCUUAUUAGGAUAGACAUUCAUAAACUGGGUUGAACAUCUUCAAUCAUUUGGAGUUUAGGCUUGCUAUAAAGUGGGACGUUGGGAUCCUGUUGUUUCAUAGCAAGGAAUCACUUUAAUUUUUAAUAGGGUUUGGGGUUUUUGUUUGUUUGAUUUCAUUAUUUCUUUUGUUUUUUUCAAGGUAGGGUCUUACUGUAAUCCAGGCUAACCUGGAACUUACUCUGUAGCCCCAUCCUGGCCUGUGACUCACCACAAACCUCCUAUGAGUGCUGGGAUAAAAGGUCAGCUUUGUUUUUUGCUGCUGGUGGUUGAAUGCAGAAUCUUAUACCAACAAGUAAUCUCCCAUUUGAGCCACAUCCUUAGUACCUUGUUUUUUAAAAUCUAUUUUUUCAUGUAGCCCAGGCUGGCCUAGUACAGGUAGGUAUUACAGAUGUGAGCCACCAUGCCUAGUUUAUU